AUGAUGAGUAGUUUCGGCCGUGACACGUCUAACGACUUACAACAUGCAAGAUUCUACGGCGCCCCCUCAGGUCUGGCGUUCUUGCAGAGGACCGAGGAGGUUUUGACAAAAUCUGGCCAUGGACCCAACUCUGGCUCCGAACGAUCACAAUCCGCCAUUCUUCAACUCUUCGAUCCUCCAUCAGGGCAACACGACUGGGACGAUGGAGACCUGCCAUCAGAAGCUAUGUUGCCGACAAGAGACACUGCGUUGAAGCUCCUGACAGUGGUACUUACGGCCGCAUAUCCCUUGUUCCCCAUCUGCGACGAGCCAAUAUUAAUGGCAGCCAUAAAUCAGGUCUACAACGGAAGCUCAGUCGUUGACGAGAAACCGAGCCAAACUACUAUGGCACUUCUUCAUAUCGUCCUGGGGCUUGGAUAUUUGUUCAGCACGAGUGAGCAUCGAAGGUUUGGGUGCGAUGGCGCCCUAAAGGCAGCGCGAAGGCAUUACGUUUCGGCAUAUAAAUUGACAGACUUCUCAGAUUGUGGGGAUUUCCCUUCACUCCAGCUCUUGUUAAGCUUUACAGUCUUUCAAAUAUCCGUCAGUCGCCUCGCUUCGGCUCAUGCUAUAAUUGCACAGGCGUGUUCUUCGGCUCUCAGACUAGGCUUGCAUCACCGAUCAACACACCACUCGACGGUUUCGCGUGAAGAUCGAGCCACGAGACGGACCGUCUUUUGGACCGUCAUCAAGUUGGAUAUGUACCUGAGCGCCGUCCUUGGAUUGCCUCCGUUUAUAGAUCUUCGACAAGUCGACCCUGCCCUGGACUUAACAUUGGCAGAAGCUAUAACUGAAGCUGAGGCCAGCCUUCCUGACCCAGCCGCGGCACAUUUAGCUAUAUCUGCAAAACAUCUAGAACUCAUGAGACUUAUCGCUCGGGCAAUCAAAGUUCUCUAUCCAAUGCCGGACCCUAGUGAUUCCAACGACGAUCCACGCGCACAUACAUCCAUCCGCCUGGUCGAGCUGACUCAAAUUGAACAAGGAUUUAAGACUUGGCACUCUGAGGCGUCACAAAUAUUACGGAAAGGGGAUGAUGAAUCUGUUGGAUUUGCCAGGUCUGCACAAACUAUUCCGCUCUCCUUAUCUGAAGCUAAGGAACUACUAGGCUCAAAUAUGAUCUGGAGAUGUCGUUCUACUUUAGCCAAAUCGUGCUCUUGCGACCAUUUCUUCAUUCUCUGGCGGACGGCAGUUUAG